AGUUUGCUGACAACCGUUGCGCAGGUUUCGCGUCUCUGCAAUUCAUUCGCGUCUAUUCGCGUGACAGUGUCAAGCUUCCAAAAAAAAAAAAAAACUUCUAACAAUUGGAGUAUUAGACACAUAAAAACAUUGACAAGCUCAUAAUUAUAACCAAAGAGUAACAAGUAAAUAAAAUAAUAAUACAAAUUACCAUUAAAUAUUAACAAUAAUAAUUACAAUAUUAAUAUAAAUUAAAAAAAAAGCAAAUAAAUUUAAUAAAAAACCAGUUAAACAAGAAUGAAAAUUAGUAAGUUAGGUUGACGAACGAAAUAAUAUAAUACACAUACACUGGGAAAUAUAAAAUAGUUUGUACAUGAUUGAAAAAAUGACGAAAAAAACAGAGAGAGAAAAAUUAUUGGAUUUUACGUGAUUUAUAAAAUAAUUUUUGUCAUAAAAGUUUGUAAAUAAAUUAAAUAUUUGACAAGAUGCUGACUGAUAUAUUUUUAACCAAAUAAUAGAAAAAAAAGGUGGUAAAAUAUUACUUAAAUUAAUCAUCAUAAUUUAGUUUUUUUUUUUUUUUUUUGUUUAUUUUUGUGAUAAAAAGUUUGUGUCAUUAUUAUUAUUUUUUGGAGUUAUGUGGAGGUAAAAAUUAAGGCUGGAUGGGGGUGGGGCUUGAUAAAUUGUUUUAAGUGAUUAAUUUUAAAAAAAAAAAUAUUUAAAUGAUAUAUUUAUCAGUUUGAUAUUAUUGUUGGAUGAUAAGUUUUAGUGUGAUAAGACAAAGUGAAAUGGCAUUCAUGAUGAAAAAGAAAAAAUAUAAAUUUUCGGUUGAGGUUGGCCUUGAAGAACUCACCGCAGUGCCUUUCCUCAAUGCUGUACUUUUUGCUAAAUUAAGAUUACUUGAUGGUGGUUCAUUUGUUCAUCAUUCAACAAGGGAAGAAGUGCAAGAACACACUGUCAGUUGGGAUGCUAAAUUUGAAUUUAUUUGUAAAAUGAGUGCAAAUGCAUCAACUGGUGUACUGGAUCCUUGUAUUCUCAGGAUAUCUGUAAGAAAGGAAUUAAAGGGAGGCAGGUCCUUCCAAAAGCUUGGCUUUACUGAUUUAAAUCUUGCUGAAUUUGCUGGUGCUGGUAUUUGUCGAAGAAGAUGUCUACUUGAAGGUUACGAUGCUCGUCAUAGACAAGAUAAUUCAAUGCUACGUGUUACAAUAAAAAUGAAUAUGCUCGUUGGUGACAUACUUUUUAAAGUACCAUCACCAUCAUUAAAACAAACUCAAUUAGCUGUACCAGGUGUACCAGGUGUACCGGGUGUACAAAAUGAUGAAGUUGUUGGUUCAGAAAGAUGUACGAAUCGUGAUGAUUAUGUAUCAAAUGGUUCACUCGGUGGAGGUGGUGGUAGUAGUGGCGGUGGUGGUGGUGGUGGUGUAGGCAGUCUUCCAAAAAAAAGACCACCAUUAUUUAAUUCUGAUUUAUUUAGUCCAAGUGAUACAUAUGAUCCAAUGACAAUUAAUGAAAUAAUAUCAUCAACAGUGCCUGGUGAAGCACUUAUUGAAUCACAUCCAGAAUCUGGACACUCAAGAAAUAGCUCAAAUACAAGUCAACAUAGUAAAGGAUCUGGCUAUGGAUCAUUAAAUUCACAUAGUCAACAUAGUCGUCAAAGUAGCAGUGGUGAUAGUGGACAUAUCAGGUCACCUUCCUGGCCAGUAUGGGCUCCACGCCUUCCCACCUUAUCCCAAAAUGAUUCAGGAACAGAUACAAGUUUAAAUGAAACAAAUAUAUUAUCACCAAUCCAAUCACCAUUAAAUGGUUUGAUUGAUAAUGAACGUUCAUGGUCACCAGCGAGUCCAAAAACAUCAAAAUAUCGUGAUGUUACAUUACGUGUACCGUCAAAUUUAAUAAAUGCAUUAAAAUCAACAAUGGAUAAUAAAAAAUAUAAUGGAAAUAUUAAUAAUAAUAUACAAAAAAAUAAUGAUAUAUUUAAAGUACCAAAUAAUCAAGAUAUAUCUAAAUUAAAAAAACGUAAUAUUGAACGUGAUUGUCAGAGAAAAAGUUAUCAGGGUAAUGAACAUAAAAAUAUUAAUUCAAAAAUUGGACAAUUAAGUACACGUAAUAUAUCAAAAACUUGUGAUUGUGAAUGUAAAACAAGUCCGGUAUUAGGACUCGCUGAUCAACCAAGAGCUGUAUCCUCACCAGAUCCUCUCCAUAGGCCUGAUACUCCUCGUUCAUCCUUGCUUCAAUCCACAACGGCUGCUCAAAUCCUCAGGGGAAUGGGAGGUGGACAUCGUAAAUUACUGGAUGGUACGGGUUUAAAGCUGGCAACAGUUACAACAACAUCUGAAAAUGAGGAUUCAAAUCUACCUAUUAUCGAGAUAACAACGUCAUCGCUACCACAUCAUCGUAACAGCAUUACCCCACCGUCAGUUCUUGCUUCUGUAUUUUUAAAUCCAUCUGGUGGUUCUGGAUUGAGUGAAACUGGCUCGCUGGAUCGAGCCAAAGCAGCACUUGAAAGAAGAAAAAAAGCUGAAGAUGUUAGUAGUAAUCCUGUACAAUGUAGAGUUGAAGUAACACGACCAAAUCCAGAUUCACUUAUUGAUGAAUUGUUUAAAGCAACAAAUCUUGAUCAACCUGAUUUAGAAUCAGCUGAGACAACUGGACUGCAAUUAUUUAUUGCUAAAGAUGGUACAACAGCACUAGGAAGUCAUGAUGUUAAAAGUCAAAUGCCAUCUGGUGUAUUUAAACAAGUGGUUAUGGAAGAAAAUAAUAGGUAACACGAAGUAAUAACGUCACGUCGUCAAUAUCCAAGACAAUCGACGACAACGACAUUCUCUCUUGCCCUUGUGCCCGAACUCGUUUACGAGUCAUAUGAGCCACGAUAGUGAUAAAAAUACAUCAUCAAAAAAUAAAUCAAUAAAAACAAAAAAAAAACUAUUAAUUAAUUUUAAAAUAAUAUUAUUUAUAUUUUAUAAAACACCACGAAAAAUAAAGGUGUCAAAUCAUCAACAAAAUUUUUUAAAAAACACAAAAUAAAUAUUUAUUUUUUUUUUAAAAAAUAAAAAACUUAAAUUAAAAAUAAACUGAAGAAAUCACCGUCCGUUAUUUACACGCACAUAAGACGAAGACUUCUCAGCUGAUUGAUUAAUUCAAUUUCGCCUUGAAAGUUUUAAAAAAUAAUAAUAGAAAAAAAAGCGAAAUAAAUAAUAUAUAAAUUUAAAUAAAUAAAAACACCAGAAAAAAUAAAAAAAAAAUUAUAAAAUUGUGAUUUGAUUUAUCCUUUUGUGGUUUUUAAAUAAAAAAAAAAAAAACAACUGAUAUUAAUAAUUUAAAUUAUUGUAGAUUAUUUUGUGGGCGUAUCAAAGAUGUGCUUAAAACAAUAAUAAAAAAAAAAAAUUGAAUAGUAAAAAAAAACAAAUAAAUUAUAACUCGAUAUUUUCUUCCGAAUAAAUAAAAAAUAAAUAUAUAUAUUAAUUAAAACGUGAGGCACAAAUCGUUUUGAUUAUUAAAUUGCGUUGAACGACUUUUUAAAAAUGAUAUUAAAACUUGGCUCAUAAAGGCUACUAUAAUAAUUAAUUAUAGUUACUGCCGGGUCAACACCGACUCCAGUAUUUUUUGUUGAAGAAAUAUAUAUUAUUUUAAAGCUGAAUUACAAUGAAAGUUUAACAGACUUCUGAUAGUUAAAUAAAUUGAUCAUUUUUAGUUUUUUUGCUAGUAACGCAUUCAAUGUAAAAAAAAAUGUAUCAACAUGUUUGAGUGUAUGUUGAUGCAGCCGGUCCUGUGUAUGAUAUAUCAAUUUGUAAAUAAAUAAAAAAUGUAGCUUAUUGUUAUGUAGCUAAAUGACCGAUAAUGUUCUUUCAUCAUAAAUCAUAAUCAACAAGUAAAUAGUGAUAAUUAUAUUGAAAAAAAAAAAAAGAAAAUUGAAAAAAAUAAAUGUUAAUGAUGAGUGAAUUUAUUAUAGGCUGUACAGAUUAUAAAAUAAUGAAUGGAAAUUUGUUUUGUAUAUUAAGAAAAUUGCGUGCCAGUUUAAUGAAUAGUAAUUUCUUUUUUUUUUUUUUUUUAUUGCCAUAAUUGCAAGGAAUUGAUGAGAUGAAAUAAUUAUAGUAUGAGUGUGUCUGUGUGAAGAAAGUAUUUUUGUUUUCCUUUUUUUUUGUUUUCG